AUGGUGUCAAAAGCCCAUUCUCUGGUACAGCGUCCCCGUCAAAAGCCUGUUACAAAAAAGAAAGAUACGCAGCCUGCGAGUCCCGCGGAAUCUGUCGGGACAGAGGACAGCCCUCCAGUCAAUAUUUUGCAUCUGGAAUUGUUCCACCAUUUUAUAACUGACCUUUUGACUUUCUUUGGCUUCGACAAGUUUCCUUGGGGAGACUCUGCCAUGGAGAUGACAAAAUGCGCAUUGACUGCGCCGUAUCUGAUGAACCAAAUCCUUGCACUAUCUGCGUUGCAUCUAAGCAUCACCCGCACAGACGAUCAGCAAUCAUAUCAUCGUCAUGCAGCUCAGCUACAAACGCAUGCCUUGUCUGAGUUUAACCGCGCCAAGUUGGACCUUAAUCCCCAAACCUGUCUUCCAAUGUUUCUUUUCUCCUCAAUACUUGCGCUGCACGUGCUCUGUGACAACCUUUUGUUUCGACCGUCCGACUUCGAGACUUUUCUUGAAAACUUCAUUCAGUCCUUAAAAAUGCAUCGAGGUGUGCGGGCUGUGACGAAUCAGUCAUGGCAUAUUCUUUUGCAGUCACCGCUCAAAUCAUUUCUGGACGAGGAAGGCAAAACACUAGAUGCAGGUGUUACCGGUGAUGAGUGCACGGAGCUCUUGUCUCUGGUGAAUAUCACUCAAAACGACCAGGAAAUCCGAUCGAUCUAUCAAACUACGAUUGAACAUCUGCAAAAGGCUUUCAAUGGGAGUCGCUCAACAUCUGCGGAACUUCGCGCCGUUGGGCCAAUCAUUUCAUGGCCGGUGAUAAUACCACCUGGGUAUAUAGAUCUUCUCUCAGAACGUCGACCUGAGGCACUUGCGAUCUUGUCCUACUUUGGUGCUCUUUUACAUCUCCAUAAAGAGAUGUGGACCUUCGGUGAUAGUGGGAUCUAUCUCAUCUCCUCCAUUAAUAAUUGCUUAGGGCCAUCGUGGAGAAAUUGGCUACGUUGGCCAAAUGAUUUCAUCUCUAGCGAUCCAAAAUAG